AUGUGGCAUGAGAGCUAUGACGAAAUGAUGAAAAUGAUCAUCUCAAUGUUCAGACUGGACAAAUACAGGCCAAGGAAAAACACCAACAAUGAUGUGAGCUUCGAGUCUCACAUUUACUUUGAUGAUGCUUUUAAAGACGUGAAAGGUAGUAAAGGCCGACAUGUGAACGAAUACGCAGAGGACCUGGUGGAGGUUAUCCGAGAGGUUUACAAUAUCUUCAAUGAGAAGGAUUCAUGCAUCUUCAAAGAGAGCCCACCCCUUCCAUGCCAGAGGAUCCUGCACACCCCUUACGGAGGUCGACUGGAGUACACCCUCCCUAAUGGAAACCUGCUGAUGGUGCACUUUAAGGACAAGCUACUGAUCCGCCACAAGAAGAGAUGGUCUCAGAUUAUGUACUUGUACUACAUUCUCGGCUGGCGACUCACCAGGAAGUAUUUCAAGAAGUUUGAGCAGGGUGGAGAUGAGAACGGGCUGAGGGAAAAGAUGAUGAAAGAGAAGGACAAUACCUAUCUCCUGGCUUUGGAUGGGGACACCGACUUCCAGCCCUAUGCUGUAAUGCUCCUAAUAGAUCGACUGAAACUUUAUCCACGAGUGGGUGCGGCAUGUGGGAGGAUUCACCCGACAGGCACAGGUCCUAUGGUAUGGUAUCAGAAGUUUGAGUAUGCGGUGGGCCACUGGCUUCAGAAGACUGCAGAGCACGUGUUUGGUAGCGUGCUCUGCAGCCCCGGCUGCUUCAGUCUGUUCAGGGGCACAGCCCUCAUGGACGACAACGUCAUGAAGAGAUACACCACUAAGGCCACGGAGGCUAGCCACUACGUACAGUACGAUCAAGGUGAAGACCGCUGGUUGUGCACUCUCCUGCUGCAGCAGGGCUGGAGGGUGGAGUACAACGCUGCGUCCGACGCCUACACCAACGCCCCCCAGGACUUCAAGGAGUUCUAUAACCAGCGUCGGCGCUGGGGGCCCUCCACCAUGGCCAACACCAUCGAUCUGCUGGGCUCAGGGUCUCUGACCUCCCAGAGGAACAGCUCCAUCUCCAAACCCUUCAUCCUCUACCAGAUUCUCAGCAUGGCUGCCUCCAUCCUAGGCCCGGCCACAAUCUGCCUAAUGAUCUCAGGAAGCUUGUCAUUCAUACUAGACAUCGAUCCCAACGUUGCUUUGGUCCUUGCAACAGUGCCCCCUGUGGUGUACCUGUUGCUGUGCUUCAAGCUGAAAUCGGACACACAGAUCGCCAUAGCAGCCGUCAUGAGUGUCUUGUACGCUUUCCUCAUGAUAGGAACCGCUUUGUCCAUCCAGCAAACCAUUUGGACUCCUAGCGGUCUAUUUAUCAUAGGCCUGGUGCUGAUGAACAUCAUCACAGCAGCGCUCCACCCCAAGGAGUUCCAUCUGGUCGUCUACGGCCUCCUGUAUUUCAUCUCUAUCCCCAGUGGCUACCUCCUGCUGACCAUCUACUCCAUGGUCAACAUGAACAAUGUGUCCUGGGGCACUCGGGAGACAGGUGUCCAAGUCGCUGCGCCACCACCAGCCAAGGCCAUCACACAGCGCAUCCUACAGGCCAAGUGCUGCAAGUUUCUCUGCUGGGACAGUGGAAAAGUGGCAGACCAGAAUGGUCAGUUGCCAGAAACAGUUGUCUUGGCUAAUGAGCCAAAGGUGAACCCUAAUCUGACCUCUCAGGACAAUAACAGUCUACUGAACAAAGAAGAGGAGGACUUUUGGAGAGAGCUCCAGAAGCUCUAUUUGGAACCUCUGGCUGAGGAUAAAGAAAAACAGAAGAAAAUCACAAAUGACCUAAAGGAACUGAGAAACAAGGUGACUUUUAUCUUUUUCAUCUGCAAUGCCAUGUGGCUGGUGGCAACAUUCACUCUUCAGGCCAUUGGAACCUCAGUCACCAUCAAAAUCCCAAAAUCCAAUCUCAAUCUGACUCAGACUAGGGAGUAUCUAUUUAUCGAUCCAGUAGGACUGAUGUUCCUUUUGGGAUUUGCAUCCUUACUGCUGAUCCAGUUCUUUGCCAUGUUCUACCACAGAAUUUACACUCUGAUCCAUUUCGUGGCAUUUGUGAACACGGAGUCCAAGACUGAGAGAAGACAAUCAGACGAUGGCAUGCAGAUUCCUGACAUGCUGGAGAAUGAGCUCAAAGACGACAAAUACUUUGACACAUUUCUGUCUAUAGAGAAUCCAGCAGCAAUCCAGCAACAAGGCCAAGAAACUCCAGUGUGA